UAGAGGUUAUCACAAUAGGGAAAAGAAAACCAUUUGAGGGCUGGUCUUCAAACUAGCUUCAUUACCCUGAUUAAGCAGGUUUUAGCCCCUUGUGUUUGGUUCUUUUAAAUUGUUAAUCGAUGGAAAUGGGAAGAGAAAGGAAGGUUGCAUUCUGGUUUGUGACAUUUUUCUGCUUCUGGAGCUCUGUAAUUUGUUUGCUCUCUCCCAAAGGUGUUAACUUUGAAGUGCAAGCUUUAAUGGGUAUAAAAGCUUCUCUGGAGGAUCCUCAUGGUGUCCUUGAUAAUUGGGAUGGUGACUCUGUUGAUCCAUGUAGCUGGACUAUGGUCACUUGUUCUGCUGAAAGUCUUGUCAUUGGCCUUGGGACUCCUAGCCAGAACUUAUCUGGUACCCUUUCCCCAAGUAUUGGCAACUUAACAAAUCUGCAGAUUGUGCUUUUACAGAACAACAAGAUAACUGGACCAAUUCCAGCAGAGUUUGGGAGGCUCUUCAAGCUUCACACACUUGAUCUUUCUAAUAACCUCUUCACUGGUGAAAUUCCUUCUUCACUGGGAAAUUUGAAAAGCCUCCAAUACAUGAGGCUCAACAAUAACAGUCUCUCUGGAGAGAUUCCAAUGUCAUUGACCAACAUGACCCAGCUCACUAUUCUGGACUUGUCUUACAAUAACUUGAGUGGUCCUGUACCAAGGUUUACUUCUAAGAGAUUCAAUAUUGUUGGAAACCCUCUCAUAUGCGCAAAAGGGUCUGAGCAGAACUGCAAUGGAAUGACUCUGAUGCCAAUGUCCAUGACCUUGAAUAGUUCACAAACUGAACGGCUUCAAGAGCGACCUAAGAGUCACAAACUCGCCCUUGCCUUUGGUUCAAGCCUCGGGUGCAUCUGUUUGCUCACUGUUGGAUUUGGGAUGUUUCUGUGGCGAAGACAAAGACAUAAGCAGCAAACAUUUUUCGAUGCUAAUGAUAUGCAACAUGAGGAAGUUUCCCUCGGGAAUUUGAAGAGGUUCCAAUUCAGAGAACUCCAGAUUGCGACUGAUAACUUCAGCAGUAAAAACAUUCUGGGAAAAGGUGGUUUUGGACAUGUCUACAAAGGAUAUCUCCAAGAUGGGACUGCCUUGGCUGUGAAGAGACUCCAAGAUGGCAGUGCCAUGGGAGGAGAUAGACAAUUCCAGACAGAAGUUGAGAUGAUCAGCCUAGCAGUGCACCGCAACCUCCUCAGGCUAUACGGGUUUUGUAUGACUGCCACAGAAAGGCUGUUAGUUUAUCCAUAUAUGUCCAAUGGAAGUGUUGCUUCACGUCUCAAAGCAAAACCAGUCUUGGAUUGGUGCACGAGGAAGAGAAUUGCCUUAGGAGCUGCAAGAGGGUUGUUAUACCUCCAUGAGCAGUGUGACCCGAAGAUAAUUCAUAGGGAUGUCAAGGCUGCAAAUAUACUGCUUGAUGAUUACUGUGAGGCAGUGGUGGGAGAUUUUGGCCUAGCAAAGCUUUUGGAUCACCAGGAUUCGCACGUCACAACUGCAGUAAGGGGCACUGUGGGGCAUAUAGCCCCCGAAUACCUCUCAACCGGCCAGUCCUCUGAAAAGACAGAUGUCUUUGGAUUUGGAAUCCUGCUCCUUGAACUGAUCACGGGACAGAGAGCUCUUGAAUUUGGCAAGGCGGCUAACCAGAAAGGAGCAAUGCUCAAUUGGGUGAAGAAAAUUCAUCAAGAGAAGAAGCUUAAUGAGCUUGUUGAUAAGGAUUUGAAAAACAACUUUGAUCAGAUUGAGCUUGAGGAAAUGGUUCAAGUAGCUCUCUUGUGCACCCAAUACCUUCCAGGCCACAGACCUAAGAUGUCUGAAGUUGUGCGAAUGCUUGAAGGCGAUGGACUUGCAGAGAGAUGGGAAGCUUCUCAGAGAGUUGAGUCAGGCAAGUAUAGAUCAGAGCUGUCCUUCUCGCAUCGAUACUCCGACCUUACAGAUGAUUCUUCACUACUUGUACAAGCCAUAGAGCUAUCUGGCCCAAGGUGAAUUAUUUAUAUUCUUUUAGAACUUAAUAUAAAUUUAAAAUUUUGAAAGGAGAAGUUUGUAGUUACACAUCCACCUGCAAAAGUCUAAAGGCCAUUUAAAUUUUUAGUUUGUAUAAUUGUAAUACAUCAGAGCUUCAAAGGGGCUUUGAUGUUAUUUGCUUAAUGUACAGAAUCAACUCAAAUUCUGUCUUCUGAAUGAAGAAUGAAUCUUCAUGAGGAAGUCCACUAGAAAUUGUAAGCUUUCGAGAGAGAUGUUAUUUAUGAAGUUAUAAUCACCAUUUGUGUGUUAUAUCCAUGUCUCACUG